CAACGGUCAAAAAACUCGAAAAGUAAAAAAAGAACAAGAAGAGGUGAAGUGAGGAGAGAGAAAAACGAUCAGAAAGUGAGAAAGAUGAGCCGGAGAAGAUCGGGGAAAGCAAAGCCGAAGAAGCAGAAACAAGAUCAGGCAAUAAAAUGGCGUAGGAAUCAGAAGAAAUCGGAACAACCGACAGAAAUAGUGAAGAAGGAGAAGUGUGAAGAAGGUGAAAAAACUCGGUUUUUUGGUUGCUAUCUAUUGACAUCUCUCAGCCCUCGUUUCAAGGGUCAUUCUUAUAUUGGGUUUACUGUGAAUCCAAAGCGACGGAUUAGGCAACAUAAUGGGGAAAUUACUAGCGGCGCUUUCAGGACGAAGAAGAAGCGUCCAUGGGAAAUGGUUCUUUGCAUUCAUGGUUUUCCAACUAAUGUUGCUGCUCUUCAGUUUGAAUGGGCAUGGCAACAUCCUAGAGAGUCAGUAGCAGUACGAGAGGCGGCUGCGAGCUUUAAAACCCUCGGAGGACUUGCCAACAAAAUCAAACUUGCACUCACUAUGCUUACUCUCCACUCUUGGCAAAGUAUGAACCUCAGAGUUAGUUUCUUCUCUACAAAGUAUAUGAAGCACGCUGCUGGGUGUCCAAGCUUGCCUCCCCAUAUGAAGCUCCAUUUUUGUUCAAUGGAUGAGCUCCCUUGUUAUGAGGAUAUUGACCAAACUUACGGUUGUGAGGAUGGUGAUGACUUAGACUCAACUAAUAGUGAAGUUAUGGCCAGCUGUUCUGAUGACAGAAUAGAAUCUUUGUCUGAUGGUUCAAUGGAGAUGAAUCCUUCUUCAAUUCAUGUUCAAAACUUUACUGUACAAAAAUCAGCUGAUAACAUCUUAGAAGAGGAUUUCAUAGGCAUUGGUGGGCCAUUGGAGAAUGAGUCAUCAUUGAUGAUGGGCGCGCUGGAGGAUCAUAUACAACCACUGCAUCAAUUUCCUGUUGAUGUUAGUGGCUCUACUCUGAACACCUCGAAUGAGCAGUUGCGACAUUGUGAAGAGAUCUGGACUGAGGAUGUUAGAGCCUCUUUCCCGGAAUUAGAGGAACGUAUACAAUAUAUUGGUGGCAUUUAUGCUUCUGAGAAUGAGGUGUUUCCUGUUCUUGAGGAAAAUUAUUCUUCUGGUGACUUGCCUGCUGAUGUUACUGCCCAUGUUGAGAAUGAUUUGAGUGAGUGUUCAACACCUGGAAAAGAAAUUAGGCCCAAGAAGCUGAGAGGUUCUUCCCCUAUAAUAGAAGAGCGUAUACAGCCAUUUCAGCAAGCUGGUUCUUCAGAGAGAGAACAAUCUUCAAUGGUCGAUUUUGCCAAGAAAGACGAAAUAACAUGUAUAGUAAUCGAUGAUAUCAGCGACAAACCAACAAGGGUUCAAUCGCCUAUUAGAUUUGCCAAUAUUGUUUGGCCAUUUUCUAAUGAGGGGAUUGAGGUUAUAGAACUUUGUACGCCUUCACCUGACUAUAGAAUCGCUGUAGGUAGCAAGAAAAGAAGAGCUGCCAGUGAUAUAAUUGACCUGACUGGAUCACCUUGUUUUAUCCAACUGUAGAAUGUUGAAAUGCUUUCGUUGGAUACCUAAUCAUCUACUUAUGGGAAUUCCUCUUCUUGAAAAGCCGGCAUUGCUUGCUCUGUCAUCAUUCAGCCUGGGUAAGAGAUGAAAGUUGUGUCCUCAAACUCACCUUGUUCUUCCUUGACAUCAGCAUGUUCGGAACAUAAUCCUCAACCAUCAAUAAUGGUCUCAUUAUCCAUCCAUCUGGUGUGUUCCAUUUCUUAGAGGUUUGUCAAAUUUCAUUUAUUUAAUUAUUGUCUUAGCAUGUAAUGGUCCUAGAAUACCCGUUGUAUUACAGAAUAAAGUGUGUAAAUAGUUCCAAAUAUGUAAUAAUGAAAUUUUUUAAUUAAUAA